CAACUCUUCAUUUUGGUGGGGAAAGUACCAGAAAACGAAACUUUCUUGGGGUUAACGGCAAUUUCCCACACUUACAAUGGUUUAUGAAUCCGUUCCAACACUUUAAGUUAGUUAAUCGAUUGUCUUUUUAAGUGUGGUUUUUAAAAUGAUCUUUUUAGAUAAUUACAUGUAUUAUUGAAAUGAUGCAUGUUCCUUCUCCAGUUAAUCUCUUAAGAGAUGAUUAGUAGGCUAGCCAUCUUUGAAGGUCCGCGAUGGCAGACACAGAUUUCAGAAUAAUUGCGAUAAUCACCGUUUCGGUGGUAAAAUGGAAUUCAUUAUAUUUGUGUGCGUCGUUUACAGUGUACUUCUUGUGGAAUUUUGAACUUCAUAUGAAGAUUUAUUAUCCCUUUAAGAUAACCAGUGUUCAUAACAGGCUUUGCUUUGGGAACGUUUGAAGAUUAUGCGCCGAGCUGAAAAGGAAAACAAAUGUCGCUGCAUGUGAUUUAUAUCUAUAAACGUGCUGCUGUCACUUUCCAUUAGGUAAUGUUCCGGCCAUAUAUGUAUUAGUGUUUAAGAGUGCACUUAGUAGAAUCACCGGGACCGUAGGCGAAGUCCAGUAUGUGCACUUUUUUCCAACGUGACCCUCUACUGGCUCUACACAUGUAUAUAAGUGCUGGUAAUUACGUAACACUGGACCAUGCCUUGGUAAUAUGGAGCCAAAUGAGACCGAGGGUUUCCCUCGAAAUCGACAGUAGCACUGCUGUUUAGCUAACGCACGUUUCAAUAUCUUAAGGCUCUGGUCAAGAUCUACAGCCUUGGACGGAGUUGUUCUUUUGUCGAAUUUAGCUGUGACGUUUACUUGCAGAAUGGGAAAUUCCCUCUUCUCCGAGUGCACUGUGACAAAUUCUUAUCAGCCAAUAGGCGCGGACACAUUAUGCACUAAUGCAAAUCCGCUGGGGCAAUCCCCUGUGUGCACAUUCAAUCCUUUCUUCCUGUUGUUCACCGCUUCUGGAUUCCGUUGUUUGUGCGCCCCUGGGACGUUCCCGGUGUAUCUGCCUUCCACUGGCUUCUCUCCUACUGACAAUCCUGAAUUUCCAGUCGUGUCAAGCUGCGAGACAAUUACUGGAACCCCCUGUACUACGGACGCAGAAUGCAACAUUAGGGCGACUGACUGCCUGGGCAUUGUAGCCCCUUUAACCAAUCUAAACAAUCCUAAUUUAAGGGGGAGGGUGAAUGCAGACCUUGCAAGUUUGCUCACGCCGACAAUAGGUUUUAUUUGCAGUUUUAACGACCGUGUUACCGUGGAUACCACGCCCAUCUACUUCUGCAACCCUACCACAAGUCAAUGCGCCGAUUACAACCCAAGUCCACCUGAGAACACGCCAAUCGUGAAUGGGACUGUUCUAUUCUACCAAGGUCUGGUUCGGGAUUUCCUGCCAAUUUUAUUCACGAAAUAUCCCAAUGUGGUACCGGACCCGGCCGCACCAAACCGCCUGACGUACCUCGCUCAAAAUAUUUAUGAAGCACUUUUACCAUAAUUGCCAAUAUCUCACUCUUAUCGUAAUUGCAAGUAGGCCUAUACUAAUGAUGGAUAGCGCUGAUCGCCGUAAAGUUUUAUUGUUAAGUUAUAAUGGUUAGGAUUGUCAAUGUAAUGCCUUACCUGUACAGAUGAAUGGGAAGCGGACCUGAUAUUGUUUUGUUAUAAUGGGGGUAGCCUGACGUAGGUUGGUGAAAAUCUAGAGCGAGCCUUACCUGAACAAAUGUAUGUGAGGCGGACUCUCAAUCAUAGGGAACUCUGACACGAUACACCAAAAUAGACCAUUGGACCUAUGAAAUAUCUUUAUCACAUAGAAGCCUAUAUUUUAGUUGUCUAUCUAUCUAUCUAUCUGCCGGUCUGCCUGUCCGUCUUUGUUUUCGUAUUUUCCAUUCUUCUUUCGUCUUUUGCUUCUCACUCACUGUGGUGAAUAUGCGGAUGUCGUUUCGCAGAUAAUUUCAUCAUUUGUAAUAUUUUCAAAAGCAUCUGCUGUAUUCAAAGCAAACUAUAGUUUAAUUUUUGAGAUUUUUUAAUAACUAAUGUUUUAUAAACCAUUUUAAUCGAAAUAUAUUAAAUAAUAAUUAAUUUUAGAUAUGAUAUAGUAGGUGGCAUUUGUAAAACCAUGUAUCUGCAAAUUAUGGAUGAGUUAAUAUAUUUCUAGAGAUGAAAGAACUUACAAUUGUGAACAGAGAAAUAAAAUCUAUAUCUGCAGGUAUAUUUGUACAUGUAUUUAUAUAUAAAAAUUAGAUAAUAAAAUAUAUA